AGCGACUAUUUGACAUCAAGUUUUUAAUAUGAAGUAUUCAUAAUUACUAAAACUCCACUAAACAUUAUCUACACGCGUACUUUCAGCGGGUGAUAUACGGACACAGCUCAAGUUUCUGUUUUAUUUUGAGGGAAAAACGCGACCGGAGGUCAUAACAAUUAUUUUUAUCCCAGCUGACUGUACGCCGGCAGGAGAAGCACGUAGCAAUGGAAGUGGCUAAACACAGCUAAGUGUUCGUUACCUGAGAUGCUGAUCAACAUACUAUGUAUGUGCUUGAUAAUAAUUAACUAGGGCUGCAGUUAACAGUUGACCAGCAAGCUAAGAGGAAGUAUUUCGGGUCCGGAGCCAAAACUACUAACGUUACGACACUGUACGUAGAUCAAACGGUCCAGUUAACUUCAGCCGACGUCAACAGGUUCAUGAGGUGCUGUCCCAGUCGUCUCAAAACUCAUCUGAAACUCCAUCAUCACGUCCACUCAUCCACUGAUCUGCGAGCAUGGCAAACACAGACUCCAUCGGGAUCCGGGUCUUUUCUCUGAACUGCUGGGGGAUCCGAUACCUUAGCAAACAGUGUUGCCAGCGCUACGCCAGGAUUGGAGACACGCUGUGCAAGGAAGAACAUGAUAUUGUCUUACUGCAAGAGGUGUGGAGUGAGAAAGACUUCCUGUCCUUGAAAAAGAAACUUGCCAGUUGUCAUCCUCACUCUCAUUACUUCAAAAGUGGGGUCAUAGGAAGUGGACUGGCCAUUUUCUCCAAACACCGAAUCCAUGACACGUUUCUUUAUCGCUACUCACUGAACGGUUAUCCUUACAUGGCCCACCAUGGAGACUGGUUUGGAGGUAAAGCUGUUGGGUUGGCCGUCUUAAGCAUUGGCAGCCUGACUGCAAAUGUCUACGUUACUCAUCUGCAUGCAGAGUACUGCAGGGAUAAGGACUCGUAUCUACCUCACAGAGUGGUUCAGGCCUGGGAGCUGCAGCAGUUUGUUCGUCACACCUCUGCUGGAGCAGAUGUGGUGAUUUUAGGUGGUGACCUCAACAUGCACCCUGAGGACCUUGGCAACAGACUCCUGAGGGUUUACACUGGACUCCGAGACUCUUAUUUAGAGACUGAUAAAUUUGAUGGAUGUGAGGAUGGGAUUACUUUAAUAGCUGACAACCCUUUUAUCAGGAAAAAGGAUCUUGUUCCCUUUGAGAAGGGAAUCAGAAUUGACUACAUCCUGUUUAAGGGUUGUUCCAAAACGGCCAUUUUUUGUGAUUCUAUGUGCACCACCAAGGGCUGCAUCCCUGAACAUCCUUUCCCAUACUCCGACCAUGAGGCUCUGACUACUGAACUGAGGCUGGUGUCGCACACUCCAUCGGAGACUGGACGAGACAAGCAAUCAAAGGAUCAGGACUCUGCUGCAGGGAGGGUGGCUGAGUUGGUCGACAUUGUGACGGAGGCCCGUACUGAAGUCAAAGUAGGUUUGCACUGUGCAGAGAGAAUGCGCUACACAGCGGCGCGCACUGGAGCGUUGGGGUUGGCUCUGCUGUUCCUGGAGCUGGCCAUCGCUGUUGUGCCCUGGUUGGCUCCGGGAACUGAACAACCUUUCCCUUCUAUCUCCUUCUACCUGCUGGCUGCUCUGUCCUUCGCCAUCCUGCUGACCACGUCUCUGUUGUACAUCUUCUAUACCAUGGAGCUGAAGUCUCUUCAGGGGGCUGAAGACCAGAUGAGACUGGCUAUAGGAAGUCUCCAAGAGAAGCUCAGGGGUCUUCCUCUGGCUCAGCUUAACAAUGCCCAGCUGAAGCCCCCAGGGGGUCAGGAGCCCAGUGCCUUUGACCCCGAGGAAUAAUGUCCGAGCCAGCUGGGUCAAAGCAGGCUCAGUGAAAUGAAACCGUUGAAGUGAGCUUUAAGAUGGAUGUUUGAGGGAGUUGCUGCUCCUCUGAAUGUGUUUUAUGCUCUAGAGAUUUAGAUUUGUUCUGCAGAAGGAAGGAACUGAAUUAUAAUUGAAGAAAGUUUCUAACAGUAGUGCCGGACACAAUCAUGCUUUGACAUUUUUAUACUUUUUAUAUACUCGUCUUUAACUGUUUAUUACCUCUAGAUUUCCCUCUAUGCACCUCCACAAAUAUGCUUCCUAUUACACAGCAACAUGCUGCUGCUGCUGCGCUUAAAGGUCAUAAAUGUGACCGUUUGUGUUUUUUUUUUUUUUUUAAGCCACAAGCCGAGUUGCAUUCCGCCCACCAGUAGUUUCACAGGGACCAGCUAUUUCUGUUUUUAAUUUCAUGCAUCCCGUUUAUGAUUUAGAAAGUCCACCACGCAACCAUAGUGGGUCCAGACUGUGCAGAUUCACUUGAUGUGCUUAAAUACUUACAGAAGUGGACUCCGCUGCACUCAAAACACAGACACUCCGAAGGUUGUAGGUUUGCAUUUAGGUCAGUAACAUUUUUUUCUCUGCAGGACAGAUCACUGAGAACUUCCAGUAGCACUUAAAGAUAAAGAUCCUCAGGCACUUGUUUAGACUUCUCGUCGUAGUGUACUGUAGUCAGAAGGGACAAAUUUUAUCUGCAUGUCUCAGUUCUCAUGUUCACUGUAUUACACUUUACUAGAGACAAUCCACACUCCUCUUUCCCAAUCUAUAGCAGUGGGUAAGCACUGAAAGAUAUAUAUACUCUUAACUUUGACCUAAUUUGAAUUAUUUUUACAAAGCGUCUUGUACUGUAGAAUAUUUAAACUUGAUAAUCUUUAGUGUGCAGUGCACUUAGUUGAUUAACCAGAUAAACCACUUCCUUUUAUGAAUGCCGGGAAAUAACUUAAUGUUCCAUAUCGCUGUGAAACGGUGUAAUGACUCAGCUAGAGCCUAACAAUGACUGAUCAUUUUUGAAUGUAAUUCUUAACUUCACCUCAGUAUGAGGUCCGGUUCUUAAUUUUAUUAAGGUUAAUAGAAUUUCAGAUGAUACCUGAUGUUCAUUCCAAUUGAAAAUUGUGAUGGGCAUGAUUAUGAAAGCAAUAAUAAAGAUCUUACAUACAUGCUUCUUGACUGCUGUGGCUCUGGAUAAAGGUGGCGAGUCAGCAGAUUGGUGGUUUCUGAGCGUUUUAACUGCAGGGAAUUUUAACUGAUACGCAACAAAGCCGCACGUUCACCUCUAGAGGGCAACCUAAGUACAUCUGAACAGACAGAUGAACUUUGUGAAAACAUUUCAAACUCCAUAAUACCAAUUACAAGAUAAAAGUGAGGGAGGAGAUAUCAGAUUUCAUUUGCUGGGUGGCACAUUUACACCCUCAGGGCAAACACACCCAUGGGUGGGGUACAUAUAGAUUCUCCAUUUUUUCCCGGUGCAAAUAAAAUUAUAUUAUGUAUGUCCCACCAUGUAAAAAGUUCUGAAACCAUUGCAUUUAGUUCUUUUCUCAUUUAUUUAAAAAAAUGUUGCUUUGUCAAAGAACUUGAUUUUAAAUUUGCUCCAAAGCUCAUGAAGCAAUUUCUGAGAAAAAUAGCAUCACUGGUUUUGAUAAAGACUGUUUGGCAGUGCCAGCUGAAAUAUUUAUGAUAUGUAUGUCAUGUGCAACACAUCUCUUAGGAAAGCCUAACUUUCAUAGUGAGGCUUAUUAAGUAAGUUAUGUUUUUUCCCUCUAAGUAAGCUGUUUUGUAUUUUGUGCAUUUACCGGUCGUCUUUGUUUUAUUUGUUUGAUAUUUAAGUCAAGUUACCCUAAGUUAAAAGGAGCUCAUCCACAGUGAGUUGAUGAGUGUUACCAAAUAGCUAAUUUCCAGUGUUGUUUGCCACAUCCUGUCUUAUUUUAUUCUACUGUCCUGUUUAAUUGUUUGCAAAAUGAAUAAAUAAAAUAAAACUA